AUGGUUGGCAGCAGUCGCUUAACCACACGGCUAGAUGCAUAUCAUCCCGUCUUCGCGUUGGACCAGUCUAGCUCCCUGCUUUUGCCUCAACCACCUCCCAGGGAAUACAAGUGCUACUACCCAGCUAAACCUAGAGAGAUAAUUAAUGACCACUAUCAGUUGCUAGUGAAGGUCGGCCGGGGAAGACACUCAACGGUGUGGCUUGCGCGAGAUGCCAAGAGGCAUGUUUUGAGUCUUUCCAUAUCUGAACGGAAAAUGGCACUGAGAAUCAACAAUACUCGAAACCCUGGGAUCCGUAAUCGUGAGCGUGACAUUGAGAAACACAUUGCUCUGCAGAACCCAUCACAUCCUGGUCACAUGUUUAAUCGAUCAUGGCUUGAGAGCUUCGAGGUGGAAAUUUCAGAGGGGAAUCAUCAAUUUUUGGUAUACAAACCAAUGCUAGAGCCGCUCUGUAUUUUUCCGUUACGCUUUGUGAACGGAAGAAGCAUAUAUUCGCGCUACCUCGCCAGACUUGACUAUUUACGCAGAGAAUGCAAGGUUUUACACACCUAUCUGAAGCUGGACAAUAUCUUAUUGGCUACCGAGGACAAAACAUUCUUUCUGAAUCUGUCAAAAAGAAUACUACCGAAGUCUCCGUGGAUCACAAAUGAACCAAUCACCGGCCGGUCCGUCUACCGCUGUCAGAUGGACUUGGAUCCCAUAAACGUGAAGGAGGUUAACAAGAUGCUUCCCAAGAGUAUCGACUUUGGUUUGGCGAGAAAGCUUGACAGUGGCAACCUGUUCGUGGAAACAAUUGGCAUCUAUCCUAUACAGCCAAAUCACUACUGUGACCCGGAGGUUAUCCUUUGCUAUGGCUGGGACUUCAGCGUUGAUUUUUGGAAAUUAGGUGUAUGGAGAAUCAUUGAGCGCACGUGGUUAUUCCGGCAAGUGCACGAAACUGAUGGUUGCCAUGAUAUCAAAGUAGAUCUAGUGGGAGUGACCGUGUUGCUUAGUUCGCCCCCAAUAGAGUUACUUAACAGAUCGCAUCUCAUGUCACAAUCCCCGCAGGGUUACUACGACGGACCAUUUUUCAACGACGAAAGCGAGUUUCUUCACGAAAGUUUGAUACCAGCCCGGACUCUUGGGUUAGCAAUUCCGUCGUCUAUGGAGGGAGAGGAAAGAGAGGGCUUUCUGUCGUUCAUCAUUUGUAUGCUUACUUGGCUCCCGGAAGACAAGGGCACGGCUCGUGAGUCCUUUUGA